GCGUAUGGAAUUGUCAAUUUGGAUUGCCUUGUUGAAAGAUCCAAGUGGUCGCUGAGGUGUUUGUUUCGCCCGUGUGUGCUGCCCAAGUCUUCAACACACAUCAUGUCGAGCGCUACACCUCCCCUCAUCAUUCUCAUCCUGUCAAAUAUCAUCACACCGGUUCUAUCUCACGACAACGGCCAUGACGCUGCCACGAUGAGCGAUGGUGGCUCACAUACUGAGGCGUUGCCUCCAAGUUAUUUCGACCUGGCAGACCACGCUGCAGCCAUGUAUGCGCAUAUCACGCUAAUGGUGGUAGCAUGGGUGCUCGUGCUUCCCCUUGCCGUGAUGCUAUCUCUUGCCCGUUCGAGAUAUACGCUUGCUUCGCAAUCCGUAUUCCUGGCCUUCAACGCGCUGGGCGUUUUGGUUGGCGCCAUCUAUAAUGCUGCGACACCGGACUUGUACCCCAACAACGCCCAUCACAAGGCCGGCUGGGUGUUCACCUGGAUCGCUCUGGCGCAGGUUUGCAUCGGGCUUUUUGGCCGCACCACGCGGUACUUCAGGGUUCGCCUACACACUCGCGAAGCAAGCUCCGAUACAGUAUAUCAGGCCGUGACUUCUGAGUUUAUCGAGUCCGUGGGGGACAACUGCCAGCAUUAUGGGCUCCAAUGUUCACGAGGUUGCCGCUUAUCACACGACAGUGGCCAAGGCACGGAGCCCGACAUUGACUCACUGAGUGGCCGGUCUGACGCUGCCAUAUUGCCUCCGGUAUCACUGCCUUUUUCAGACCAAGGGCAUGAGGACGAAAGUGAAGGAGAAUAUGACUCUGCAAAUCGACGCCCGAUGCGAUUCUUAUGGGACGCAAGUCGGAGCUCCCCACGCUGGUUUCGAUUGAUAUUGGAUUCGCUGUUAUCACGGGCCUGGAAAUGCUGUUUGGUGAUUUACGAUGUUCUGGACAGAACCAUCUUAAUCCUGGGGUUCAUCGGACUGACUUCGGGUGCAGCGGCCUACGGGCGUCUCUUUGAAGGUCGAGCAAUAUACGGUGGCAUGGCUCACUGGAUCAAGGGCGGCGUAUUCUUCUGGCUUGGAAUCUUCACCUUGGGACGUUGGUCCGGCAGUUUUGGCAAACUCGGCUGGGCAUGGAACGCCCGCGCUGGAGGAUCACAAGACAAGUGGUAUCCCUCUGCCGAACUUGUGGAGAGCGCUCUGAUAUUCUCCUAUGGAGCAACAAAUGUCUUUCUAGAGCACCUUAGUAGCACGGACAAGACUUGGACACCGCGAGACCUAGAACAUGUUUCCAUCACGAUUCUAUUUAUCGGUGGAGGCCUUCUCGGUGUGCUUGUUGAAUCGACUCGUGCGAGAGAUCUCUUGUAUACAACAGGCACAGAGGUUGCUUUUCCUGCCCACGAGGCAACACGGAUGGACGGAGAAAGGACAGAGAAACAGAAUGCUGCCGAGCCGCCGAAGCAUUAUGACUUUUCGAUUAAUCCCGUCCCCGCCCUUGUCAUUCUGCUGCUGGGCACGACCAUGAGCUCGCAUCACCAGAGCACCAUGGAUUCAACUAUGAUGCACAAGCAAUGGGGCAAUCUUCUUACCGGUGCCUCCAUAGCCCGUGGCUUUACCUAUGUCUUGGUGUAUCUCAAACCGCCGAGAUCGAUCCUGCCGUCGAGGCCACCGACGGAGCUUGUGACUUCAUUCUGCCUCAUCACCGGAGGUAUCAUCUUCAUGGCUAGCAGCACUGACACUGUCGAGGGGCUACGUCACUAUAAUUUGGAUGCCAUGUUUGUAUAUACCGUCGUAACCGGCAUUGUUGGCUUGUUGAUGGCGUGGGUUAUCAUCGUGCUUGCUGUUAAGGGUGCUGCUGUUCGCCAGCAGAGGAGGGCCCAAACCUCUGCACGGACGUCUAACGAGCGACAGGGUGUAUGACAGACACCUUAAGGAAAUGCAGCGGAGGUUCCGUCUUUCCUCAGAUAGACCGUAUUCCUUCCAAUUGAUCUGGCUGGUUGUUGCAUAGCUAAUCCAUACCCUCUUCUUUACUUUCAUAAUCGAAUAGAGUGUUGUAAUCAUGAGCUGGUUGACGGCUAUUGUCUCAAAGCCAGCCAGAUGCGAAGGGAGGGUCGCCCAAGCGACCCUAAUGUGCCCUUUGGUUUGUCCUCCACGAAGACUCCAUCGACGCAUGAUGUUUGGAGAGCUGCUGCCGGCACAUCGUGGUGAUGCCAUUGAAGAGUGAGAUCUGAUGAAGGCACCACAGCCGUAUUGCCGCUGCACCCAAAUACGACAAGAUUGGCAGCAGCCAUGGACGGCCAUCGUUCAGUCUGAGAACACAAAAUAUCGCGUCCAAGACGUUGUGAGCUGAGACCAGACGCAUUGGUAUCUGUAGAGGACUCAUGACCGACCAUCGCUCUUCUUGCCUUUUCGCUUCUUACCGCCACUUUCAGGAACAGCCUCUCUAUCGUCUGCCCUAAUCUCCUCCUCGGCCGCCAUGGAUCUUACGACCCGCGUCUUGUCGACAUCGGAAUAGAGAGCUACGCCCUGCUGCAGCGCAUGAACGAGAAACUGAACUGAGUCAGACUUGAAGUCGUCGGCCUUCCGGGCCUUGUCGAGGUCCUGCGCGAACUCCUGGGUUGUGCGCUGCAGGUAGAAGGUAUUGAACUCUGCGUCUGCUGCGGAGGCCAUGGCAGCUGAGUGGUAAAAGAAAAGGCCAGUUACUCGAAUGUGAGGAAUUCAGAGGAUGUACGUUCCAGGGGCUGCGACAUGUGUAAAGAGCUUGCGCUGC